CUCUCUCUCUCUUUCUCUCUCUCUCUCUCUCUCUCUCUCUCUCUCUGAGAUCUCAGAGAGCCACUGCGCAUGCGCGACCGUGAUUACUCAACAAAGAUGGCGGCGUGCUGCGUGACAGCAGUCAGGACGGCACUAAAAGGUCUUCACCUUGUUCCCGGCCGGUGGCUCCUCACACAGAGGAGCAGAACCCCGGCAGUGUGUCGGUGUUUGCGGCUACAUGUCUCCUCUGCUGCCUCCCUGAGCAGCUCCAGAACAGAACCACCGACACAGCAGAUCAGCACAGACAAGAGGAAGGCUGAGGAGGAAGAGGAAGAGGAGGGUCCUGAAUACAUCCCCAAGAAGAAAAAGGCAAAGAACCCCAUGAUGGUGAUCGGCUAUGCCUGGAUGAUAGGCCUCCCCACAGGUAUCAUCGGCUUCCUCUUGGCCAAGAGAGAAGUGGACAAGAACCGGCUGAAGCAGCUGAAGGUUCGACAGAGGAUGAACCGGUCAAAUGUCGGAGAAUAUGAAGGGAGUCGCUACAACCAUCAUGCAGAGGAUGUCAAAUAGGACCAAUGAUGUAUGUACGGCUGCAAUGAUUUGCAGCCUGUCCUGAAUGUCGCCACUGAGACUUUGACUCCACUGCACUACGGCCCAAAGACUGAUUACAGAAGAGACAUCAACUUUAUGGGCUUGAGUUUAAAACAUCCAAAUCCUCUUUUGGACUAUUUCUUCUCGAGGCAGAUGCAGGAAAUCUGGGAAAGACGGGACGUGCUUGUGAAUGAGCUUUUAAUCAACAACUGCUGUUUUUCUUUCUUGCUCAUGAACAAAGAUGUAAUAUUACUGUUAUAGUUGACCACUUCAUUGAAUCUGAAGGAUUAUCACAUAUUUAUUAGCCUUGACGCUGAUGUUCUAUAAAUAUGAUAAAGGAAAUAAAUGUAUAUUUUUAAAUUUGUGAAUACAUAAACAAGAAUCAUCACUGGUACAACUGCAUAUGAACCACAUCAGAACUCAUUAAUACAAUUGUUUAUUUUAUAUGUAGUUGGUAAAAAUGCCACAUUAGCUGGAACUC